GACACUGUCAAAACACCGCGUCACCGGCAGCAAACGCCAGCAUGGCCGAAAAAGAGCAAAGGAAGCGGAAGAGGCAGUCAAACGUGGUGGAGACACCGAAUAAGAAGGCGGCGAUUGAGGGCGGCAACAUCAAGGUCACACACGCAGGCGAGACUGGACUUCAUCCAGUUCUAUUGGGUACUUCCGGAAUUCAAGCGCCCGCAGUGCCAUUCAAGGCCUACGCAAAACCGAGAGAGGGCUCCAAGAGGGCAGAGAAAGGCGACAUCACGCCGGCUACACACGAUCUUCUACUACAAUCGUCGCAACAUCCUCGACUGGACUACACCGCAGUGCCUAGCCCCAUAGAUGAUCAACUAAGCCACUAUGUCGCCAUAUACGAUCCCGCCAGAAAGGUGCUCCAGAUCGCACCUGCACAUCAUCUUCGACUGCGAUCAACGCUGCGAGCGGAAGCCGAAGAUGAAGCAGCACCGAGGGCAAGAACGAUAGGCCAGCAACGAGAGGCGCUGGGCCAGGAGUUUGGAACGAAGAAAGCGAAGAAGGCGAUCAAUAGCAAGAGCACCAAUGCCAUCGCUGGCAACGAGGGCGAAAUCACAGAUGUUCAGCGUGCUAUUCUGGAGUCUGUUGGAGAAACAAAUGAUGGACUUGCUUCGAAGCUCUCUGAAAAAGAGCAGAAGAAUGAUGCCCUCGCGUCCAAGCCUAUACCCUGGCCACGGCUUGACGCAGAACAUGCAGAAGACGUCUACACCUUCGACACUCUGAUUCCGCCGAGCGAUGCACGACUCGUGAAGCUCAAGGACUGGUUAGAUGCUGCUGACGAUGACAGUAAGCUCGGCUUCAAACACCAAUUUCCACAGUCACGAUUUCAGUACCUCGCCAAAUCAAAUGCCGAGGUCACGCUGCGCUUGAAGGCUCUGAAGUAUCUCACUCUGCUGUUGGAGUUCAGAGAUCUUGCGACUGGAGGAGGCCGAGGGCCAAAGAAACUACCUAAGAAAGAGGCGAUGCUAAAGAAACUUCCGCCGAGUAGAUGGCCGACAGAGCUCGUCGACAGCGUACGAAGACGUUUCACCAACGACACAGGAGGAGAGCUCGGGAAGUGGCAGAUGGACAACUUGUCAACGCAUAUCUGCGCCCUAGCAUUGUUUGCGGACCACUGGGAGACUGAUGUCUGGCAUCUAAAGGAGGACAUGAAGCUCGACUUGAAGGAGCUCAGCCAGUACUUCAUGGAGCUUGGUGCGCGCAUUCACAAGAUUACAGAGUCUGAAAGAACGAGGAGGAAUAUGACCAAGGCACAGGCGGCAGCCACCAGAAUGGCCAAAUUGAAAAUCCCUCUGGAGUUUCCCAAAGUGAGGAUGGGCAGAAGGACAUGAUUUUUCAGGUAGCCCAAACCCCUACGCAGACUUUCACAAACAACAUAUGCUACUAGGUGAUGUCAGUCAAACCUAUCUGCCUCUCUGCCCGCCACCUAGACAUCGGAAUGCGGACCUGAUCUCUCACCGUCUUGUCACUUGCUCAUU